GUUGCUACUCAACUGAUUCAUUCUUGAUGACACGGUCAUCUGCUCUGAUCCGCGCCAGACUGCAUCUUGACGCCGGAUGCGGAUCCCUUCAACUUGUCGGGCUCGGACCACACUUUCUGCCGCCGCAUUAUUUUUCACGCGCUCCGUCAUCAAUUUGGUCUUGUGCCACCUAAUUAAACCCGAUUCAACAAUUGGCCGCCGGAUGUUUAACCAUCUUCUCGCCCGAGCCCCGGCGAGGCUUCGGGCUUUUCCGCUCCAAGGGCUCUGCAAGGUGCUCGUCACGAGCGGGCAACAUCCUGAUCAUCCUUUGCGGUAACGUAGCAAAGUAAAGUCCCACUUUUUUUGGAGACGCUGUGGUCUCUGACAGGUGUGCGUCCGCAUACGCAAAAGUGCGCGUUUGCCACCCGCUGCAAAACAAGCGUUGUGAGUCCGUGCUCCACUAUUUGGCCGGCUUGGUGGAACAUGUGGAGCUGGGACGCAUGCAACAGAAAGCCGUGACAUGAGGAGGAGCCGACACCGCGCAAGUAUGGGACUUCCUGUGCUUUGCAAAUGGCUUGUAUUCAUAGCGGUGGUGCCUGUCUGGCUCCUGGCUGCUGCGAACCCCAUGCGUGAGCGUCCCUGCCCGCAGAGCUGCAGAUGUGACGGCAAAAUAAUCUACUGCGAAUCCAAUGCUUUCCGUGAUGUGCCGAGCAAUGUGUCGGUGGGAACGCAGGGCCUGUCGCUGCGGUACAACAGCCUGAUGAACCUGAGAGCCCACCAGUUUGCAGGCCUUGGUCAACUGGUUUGGCUGUACCUCGAUCACAACUACAUCGGUUCCGUGGAUGGCCAAGCGUUCCACGGCAUACGCCGACUUAAAGAACUAAUUCUCAGCUCCAAUAAGAUCACGCUGCUCAAGAACAACACUUUCCAUGACGUUCCCAACUUGCGAAAUCUUGACCUUUCCUACAAUAAACUGCAGGUACUCCAAGCCAAUCAAUUUGUGGGCCUACGGAAGCUACUCAGUUUGCACUUGAGGUCCAAUUCUUUAAAAACGGUCCCAAUGCGGGUCUUCCUUGACUGUCGCAACCUGGAAUUCCUAGAUAUCGGCUACAACAGGCUACGGAGCCUCACGCGUAACGCCUUCGCCGGACUCUUUAAGCUGGUCGAGCUGCAUUUGGAACACAACCAGUUUUCCAAGAUCAACUUUGCUCAUUUCCCCCGCCUGACUAAUCUGAGGGCACUUUAUUUGCAAUGGAACCGCAUCAAACUGCUGACCCAGGGCCUGUCAUGGAUGUGGACUUCCCUGCAAAAACUAGACCUGUCCGGAAACGAGCUCCAGAUGUUGGACCCCAGCACCUUUCAAUGCCUGCCCAACCUCCAGACCCUCAACUUGGACUCCAACAAACUGAACAAUGUGUCUCAGCAGACUGUCGAGACUUGGAUCUCCCUCACCACCGUCAGUCUGGCUGGUAAUCUGUGGCACUGUAACCCCAACAUAUGCCCCCUAGUGGACUGGCUCAAGGCUUUCAAGGGAAACAAGGAGUCCACUAUGAUUUGCACGGACCCUAAGGAGGCACAAGGAGAAAAAGUCACCGACGUGGUGGAGACUUACAACAUUUGCACAGUAACGCCAAGCCCCGUUACCUCAACAAGGGCGCCUCUCACCUCCGCAUUUCAAACAGAACCGCUCCCCCUUCCCACACGGCCCGAAGUGGACGAGAAGCUGGCGGACAACAGGACAGUCUCUCCUACUCCUUCGCAGGCCUCCCCGACCAUCCUUUUACCAGACUCUGAGUACGUGUCCUUCCAUAAGAUCAUCGCGGGUACCGUGGCCCUCCUCCUGUCCGUGGCUAUCAUCCUACUUGUUAUCUAUGUUUCGUGGAAGCACUAUCCCAGCAGCAUCAAGCAGCUUCAGCAACGGCCCACGGUUAAAAAGCGGCAGAAAAAGGCUCGGGAGACUGAGCGCUCCUUUAAUUCGCCACUGCAAGAGUAUUACGUGGACUACAAGCCUUCACACUCCGAGACAAUGGAUGUGCUGGUUAAUGGGACAGGACCUUACACAUACACCAUCUCAGGCUCCAGGGAAUGCGAGAUUCCGCUGCAGUUGAGAGCCCUGACGUACACUUGUGAGCCGUCAGUGCUGGACUACUGCCGCGCUCACCUGCACGUCAACCUGGAGCCCCACAUUCCGGAGAUGGAUGGUCUGAGGCCAAGCAGGUACCAACGGGGCCCAAUGACCGUCCUUCCCCCAUACCGAUUCCCUCCGCCUGUGAGCAGCACACACUAUUAAAUAGUCCACGCACUUUUUCAAACAAAAACGCAGACUGUGUUGAAGGGAAGUGGGAAUGGUGAAGAAGCAACGGAGACAGUCGAUCUUCUGGAGAGCAUUCAGGAUGCAGGGUAAUGAGAAUGACAUAUUUCUCUGUGGGAAUACAGUGUAAGGGUGCAGUCGUAUUGAUUGAGGAUAUCGAAGCUUCGGCGGGUCAGA